AUGAUAUUAAAUCUAGAUUUAAUGGCUAAAUACAAACAGUGUUUGUUUAUCCAAAUUGUCUUUUUCUGUCUUUGCUUUUCAUAGUUACCGAUUGAACUCGGAGAUUAAGAUUCUCCAAACUCUACAUUUACAGCUAUAAACUAUGAUUCUUCUUUAGAUUAUGUGGCGAUUGGGGGAACAUACGAUAGCUAUCCUAUGAUUGGAUUGUAUAAUAAUAAAGACUAUUUCAGAAAUUAUGUUCUAGCUAGAAUAGAUUUCAGUGGACUGACUGUAUCAACGGGCUAAUUAGUAGAAGUUGGAAUGUUUCAUAAAUUAUAACUAAAUACGAUGAAUGUCCGAGCAGAUGGAUAGGUUUAUCUAAUCUCACAAGACAUUACUGAAAAAGGAGUAAUUUAUGUUAUAUCAAGAGAUUUAUCAACUAUUAUCCAGAAGCAUAUGAUUGAUAACAAGCAGAUUUUCUUUCAUUCUCUCUAUUAUUAUUAAACUAACUAGAAACUUUAUUUGCUUGGUGCCUAAAUACUACCUAGUGGCUAGAGUUAUAGUCUUUUUAUUACUAAUGUUUUAGACUCUACACCAACAGGAUACUUAAUCAGUGCUAUUAGUUCAACUGAAUUAGCGUAAUAUCAAGCAAUUAUUACUUUUACUGCAUAAAGCUUGGGUUAUCUUGCAUCAUGCUUGGAAAGUAGUUUGAGUUUAAAACCUAUAUUUGGAUUAUUCGUCUACAACAUAGCUAAAGAUAAGAUAAAACUCUAUUAUCGAGAAACAUCUUCUACUUUUAAUCAAAGAGGAUUUUAAUGUAUUGGAGUUAGAGUACUAUCUACAGCUAAUAUAGCAGCAUUCUACAGAGCUAGAACAGAGGAUAAAGGAUCAAUAGUUCAAAUAAAUUAUUAAAAAGAUCCUUUUAGUGAUAUUGUAAUAUUUGAUGGAAAAAUAGGUGAAUGGGGAUAGUAUUUUUCUGAGACAAACACUCUAUUUGCCAGUUAAUUUAAUUACCUAUAGAGCACUGAUGACUAUUUUAAUUUUGGCUAUCUCUAGGAGUAUUCUGGAAAACAGAGAGCAUAUUUAACAAGAACCAAGCAGAAGAGAUACUAUUUAAUGUUUAUCUCUCAGCCCAAAUUGUAAUCAUAUAGAGAUUUGCUAUCAUAAUUGAAUCUUUGGAAAAAUCAAACAAUUGCUACAGAUAUGGAUAAAUAUGUUGGCAAACUUAAAGUUUAGUACGAUCAUAAACCAAAUAUUUUGCCAAGUGUCAUCGACUGUUAUUUAGGGACUCAAUGUAAUGUAUUUCAGGCUAAUUACUCACUCAAACCAUUUUGCUCAGAUAUUGGAAACUUGAAGAUAAAUUACAACCUCUAAAUCAGUAGUAGCAGCAAUAAUAUUUUGUUUAACAACCUUUUGCAAUCAUAAUCAAUAUUCUCUUUUGUUUCAAAUACUAACAGUGAGAUGCAAUUGGAAAAAUUGGAAUUAGGCCCAAAUCAAGAAUGUUUUAAGUAAAAUUUGAAUUUAUUGCCAGAUUAGUAACCAUUAAUAAAUAGUGGAGUAUUAUUGCCAAAUUAGUUAAUGGAUUUUAAAAUUGGACUAAAUACAAUAAAUCCAGAUUAUAUUGGCAAAUACUAAUUCCUAAUAGAGGUUGUGGUCUAGGCAGAUAUUGAGGGUUUUAUUCCCAAAAAAUAUUUUUUCCCUUUUAAUUAUGAAAUUUAUACAGAUACUACACAAUUUUUCAUCACCAACACUGCACCAUACUUUUAGAGUCCUUUGACUGAUUUUGAAUUAUACGUUGGAGAUAAAUAUGAAUAUUAAUUACCAAGUAUUAAGGAUGAUGAGGGUGAUGAUUAUAGUGUGUCAAUUUCAAGCAAAUUUAGUAGUCUAUUUUUAGAAAUUACAAAUUAAAAAAUAAUAAUUAAUCCAGUGGAAGUUGUUUCAGGAGUGCAUUAAGUUGAUGUUAAAAUUGAGGAUAAUAACAUUUAAAAGCUUUUCAGUAUAAGUAAAUUCAUAUUAACGAUUAGAAAAAGAGAUGUUUCUUCAUUCUUUGAAUCAUAGUUAAAGUGA